GAGUAUUGUCCAUUGAACUUUGUUGUUUUGUUUGAUUGAACUUUGUUGUUUUGUGGUAGAAACAUGUAUGCAUGAUUAAUAUGAAAUAAUUUUGGUUUCUCUGAAAGACUUGACUCAACCACCUUUCAUUCCAGAAUAGUAUUGCUUGAGGGAUCAACUUGAUUACCUAUUAUGAUGGAAAGAGAAAAAGGUUUACCUUUGAUGAUCUCUAACACAAAUCUCAGCAGCAGCAGCAGCAGUGUGAUGAGGGUCAACAAAAACCUCCCAGAUGAGAUCAUGUUGUUCAAGAUCCUCCCUUUGCUCCCAUCAAAGACCCUUAUUCGAUUCAGGUGCGUGUGCAAGUUAUGGGACUGUUUCAUACGCGACCCUUCAUUCCUUCAUCUUCGAAAACUCACUAAUAACCCCACCCACCACUUUCUCUUCCUCUCACCCAACCAAAACUCUUCACAUCCCUUCCUUUAUGGUGCUCCUCACCCCAACAAUAGCAUUGUCACAACACCCCUUCGUCCUUCGAUCCUCUUUGCCCUCCCAAACAACCUUCAAAUCUCCGAAACAAAUGUCCAAUGUGUCAAUGGUUUGCUCUGUUUCUACCCGAGAAGCCAUGUUAGCUUUUAUUCUCAUGCCGAUGCUUUCACUCUCAUAGCAAACCCCACCACCAGAGAGAUUAUUACUCUCCCCAGUGAUAACUAUUACUCUGUAAAAGCAAAUUCAGAGUUUUUCGCUUCAACUCAUUUUGGAUAUGACCCUGUUCGAGACCAGUUCAAGGUUCUUCGCUUUCUUAAGUAUCAAGCAACUCUCCAAGUCAAGGUUUUUACUCUUGGUCGCGACACUUCAUGGAGGCUUGUUACUGCUGAAACACCCUUUGCUAUGUUGCAUCUUGAAAACCUUUUGUCUUCUCAUGGUAAUAGUAGUAGCCUUUGUGUCAAUGGUGCUAUUUAUUGGAGACAUUUAGAUGGUCUUCUUAUGUUCGAUGUGGCAGCCGAACAGUUCAGGGAGAUACUCGUUCCUUCAGGAGAUGGAAGCGUCCUUGGAUUCUCGCUAUACCCGGAUCUCAGGGAAAUUGAUGGGUGUUUGUGUUUGGUUGGAUUCAGUAACCAUGGUUUGAAGUUGUGGAUUCUGAGGGACUACCAGGCUCAGCUGUGGGAACAUGAAACCGGUGACCUCAGAGCCGGCCCAAAGGCCUCACUCGCUGUUGGACCAAUCCUGGGUGACCUCCCUCCUCUUUAUCCGCUUUGCAGAGUUCCCACGGGUGAGAUCCUACUUCUGCCACAUUAUGUUCCUACAGGUGUUGAAAGAGUCAAUUUUAGAGCGAUUUACUAUGACAUGGACACAAAGAGCUCUAGGAGUGCUGUUAUCAUGGAAAUGCCAUUGACAUGGACAACAACAUUCAGAGAAGUUGGCAUUGUCUUUUGUCAAGAAAGCUUUAGGUUACUAAAGUAGCAGCAUCAUAACUAGAGAAAUACCUUUCUAUUUGCUUGCAUGGGGCCUUAAAUUGUGUUGGAAUGGUUAUGACCUAUUGAUAUGGAUUUCUUUUUUGCCCUACUAGUUUCUUUAUGUCCAAUUGAAAAAUGUCAUGUCACUCUGAAUGUUUUGUCUCUCUUUUUUUAAUAGCAAUACUCUUUCUUUAUGAGAUGUUGCUUCUUAAUUGAGGAGACAUAAGAAAAUAUAUUCUGAUUUCUGGUAUGACCAGCUUAUGGCAUUAAGGGAAUUCUGUUUUCUGGAUCUUA